CGAAACAGUACAGAGACAGUGAGUGAAUACUUUGGCUAUAAAUUAGGUAGUGAGUACACAGAAAGGGUGCUUCAGAUGAAGCACGUGAAGAUUAAACUAUGAAAAAGGAAUGUAUCUAAAAGAUUUUAAUUAAAUUGCUAAACAGAUAAGCUACUCAGAAACACGACUGUGUUUGAGCAGGAACAGGAAGUGAUACUCUACCACAAAGCGAGCGAACCUGUGUGAAAAGUAAUUCCACCCACCCUCCACCACCUUCCAUCUUCAAAAAACCACUUUCAGGAGAUUUUAGCACACAAUCCUGCUGGUACAUUAUGGAAUGAACAUGGUCAAUGGAAAUGAUACAAGGCAUGAUGCAUUCAUGCUUUCAUUAUUUACACCAAAUUCUGACCCUACCAUCCAAAUGUUGCAACAGAAAUUGAGACUGGUGAAUCAGAAUGUUUUCCAAAUCUUAUGUUGUCAAAUUUUGGUGAGCCAAUUUAAACUGUAGCCUCAGUUUCCUCCUCUUAGCUGACAGUAGUGGCACCUGGUGUGGUCUUCUGCUGCUGCAGAUCUUCUUCUGCUUACCCUGGUUGUUAUAAUUGGUUAUUUGGGUUACUGUUGCCUUACUGUCCGUUCAAAGCAGUCUGCCCAUUCGCUCACAUCAACAUAGCAUUUUUGCCCAGAUAAGUGUAGCUCUGUAAAACAGAUGUUUGUGUACAUCAGGGUACACAUGAGGUGAAAAACAUACCAAAGCAGUUCUGGAAUAACUGUCAUAUAUCUUGUGAAGUCAGUUCAAAGUACAUCAUAAAAUAAUCAGAAACUGCAAGAAUCACACAUCAGGUGCAAUUGUUCAAACAGCUCUGUGGGUUGCCAGAGUUGCCAAGUGUUGCUUAAUCCCACUUUGUGACCCCCUGUAGUGAAGUGUUGGAGGAAACAAAGCACAGUUAUAUAAACCUUGGAAAAUCAUGUGCAGCAGACUUCACAAAGGACAGCAGAAGAGAUCAGAAGUUCUCUUCUAAUGCACAGAAGCUUUAUCCUCAGAAUGGCUGCAAAAAUCUUGGCACUGUGGCUGCUGCUCGCAGGGACGGUGUUUCCACAGGGCUGCUGUCAACACUGGUCAUACGGACUGAGCCCAGGAGGGAAGAGGGAUCUGGACAACUUCUCAGACACACUGGGCAAUAUGGUUGAAGAGUUCCCACGCGUCGAAGCACCUUGCAGUGUUUUUGGUUGUGCAGAGGAAUCACCUUUUGCCAAAAUGUACAGAGUGAAAGGACUUCUUGCGAGUUUGGCCGAGAGGGAAAACGGACACCGGACAUUCAAGAAAUGAAAGAUUUCUUUGAUUCUACAAUUCAUUUUUUAUAUAAGCAUAAAACAUUUUUUUGUGAAUGUUGCUCUUGUUUUAUAAUCUAAAAUAUAAA